AGGCUGACCCCGAGCACGGGAACACCAUGUAUGAGCUCAACGAGAGCAGCUUCGACCCCAUCACCUUCGUCCUGACAGGCAUCCCGGGCAUGGAGGAGUCCCACAUCUGGAUCUCCGUCCCCUUCUGCCUGAUGUACCUCACCGCAGUGCUCAGCAACCUGGUCCUUCUAUUUGUCAUCACCACGGAGAGGAGCCUCCACGAGCCCAUGUACCUCUUCCUCGCCAUGCUGGCUCUCUCUGACCUCAUGCUGUCCACCACCACCGUGCCCAAAAUGCUGGCAAUCUUCUGGUUCAGUGCCAGGGAGAUUUCCUUCGAUGCCUGCAUCACGCAGAUGUUCUUCACCCAUUUCAGCUUCAUCGUGGAAUCCUCUGUGCUGCUGGCCAUGGCCUUUGACCGCUACGUGGCCGUGUGCGACCCGCUGCGCUACGCGUCCAUCCUGACCCCCUCGGUCAUCGGCAAGAUCGCCGUCACCGCCGUGGCCCGCGGCUUCUGCAUCAUGUUCCCACCCAUCUUCCUCCUGAAGCGGCUGCCCUACUGCGGGCACAACGUGAUGCCCCACACCUACUGCGAGCACAUGGGCAUCGCCCGCCUGGCCUGCGCCGACAUCAGGGCCAACGUCUGGUACGGGCUGACCACGGCGCUGCUCUCCUCGGGCCUGGACGUCGUGCUCAUCGCCGUCUCCUACGUGCUGAUCCUCAGGGCAGUGUUUCGCCUCCCAUCCCGGGAGGCUCGCCUCAAAACCCUCAGCACCUGCGGCUCCCACCUCUGCGUGAUCCUCAUGUUCUAUGUGCCCGCCUUCUUCUCCUUUCUCACGCAUCGCUUCGGCCACCAAAUCCCGAGUCACGUCCACAUCCUCCUGGCCAACCUCUACGUGGUGGUGCCGCCCAUGCUCAACCCCAUCGUCUACGGGGUGAGGACCAGGCAGAUCCGGGAGCGCGUCCUGCGCCUCCUGUGCCCCCCAGGGGAGCGUCCCUGCCCCGGCUGGGGGGGCGGCUGCUGAGCAGGGGGAAGUGGGACGGGGUCUGGAAAGCAGCACCAAAGGCUGCAGCACUUCUCGGCCUGGAGGAACCGCUUUGCCCAAGGGGUUCAAGGGAAGCUGAAGGUGGUGUGAAACGUGGGUGUGGGUCAUCGACAUCUUCACUGCUGCUGUCUUCUCCUGGAGCUGCUUCCCCUGAAUUUCCUUCACUGGCGGAGACUGGGCAGGUUCAGCUGAGAAGCAUCAGUGCCUGCUGACUCACUGUCACUGUUACAGCUGGUUAUGUUUGCUGUCCUACAGCUCGAUUUCUGCCUGUUCCUGCACCUUCCUAACAGUGUCCUGACCAUGAACACCUUGUUGGCUGCCAGACUGAAGCGUGGCACACCAAGCAUGGCUGGAUGGGCAUCACACCGCUCACCACGGCACAGAGGGGCUACGCCCUCCUGUCCUCACUGCUGAGGGACCCUGCCACGUCCUACUGCUGGAGGUGUUUCCCUGCUGAAGCGCUCUGAGAACCUGGGAAAGGCUUCAUUGUCCUGUGUAAGAGGGAAAUAUUUCCCUUAAACCAUGACUCCCAAACGGAAUCCAAGCCUUUAGAGUGGUGUUUAAGGGGACAGUGGUCCUACAGCCACCACAUCCCACAGGGCUGCUUUCUGUCUUGGCCAGCCCAGCUGUGCCUCAUCCAGGCAGCAUCCAGAGAGAUUUGGUUGUGGUGAUCAGGGAGCUCUUUCUGGAGGCUCCACAGUCCAGCUCUCGUGGCAAUGCCAGGAGUGGGAUGGUCUGGCCCCCCGUGAGGCCCCACGAAGGGCCUGGUGUGUUCCUGAUGUUACUCAUGGGAUGGAGCAGAUCAGCCAUUUCUGCAGAACGUCCUUUUGCCCUGACUGUGAGGGCAGCCAGCACCUGCCAGUCCCACAGCCUGACUGGGCUGCAAAGCUCUUUCAGACCUGCCCGUGGUGGGGAAGCCACUGCUGCACACCUGGCCCUCAGAGGUGUCUCAUCUGCAGAGGGUGGUGACCCUGGACAUGCUGGGGAACGGCUCUGCCAGGACCUGGACUCGGUGAAAUGUUGUGCCCUGCAUCAGGGCGGGAGCUGUGGGACCAUUCUGGCUGGGGCUGAUGGAACCCGAUGUUCCUGGUGGAGGGCAGGAGCCAUGGACACACCAGGUGUGUUCAGACCUGAACGGCACAGGAGCAGAGAUCAACACAGCAACACAACCAGCAAACUGCUCCAGCCAUGCCAGUAAUGCUGCCACGACUUCAGAAGAAAAGGGGAAGAGACAGAGUCAUGAUUUCAGAUCAAAACCCCCCCCAAAAAGUUUUUCACUUUUGCAGCACGUUUCUUCUUUGUUUUAUUUUCCUCUGAUCUGAUCAAAGGUGGCACCCUGUGACUGGCACAGGGGAAAUGAAAGUCUGUUCAUUAAAGGCUGUUUGUCUACCAGCAGAGAUAACGGAGCUGGGUACAAAAGCUGCUCGUGUCGCUGGCUUUUUUCAAUGUCCUCAGAACGUUCGUGUUUGCGUUGGCUUUCUUAGCAAAAAGGAAAAAAACAAAAGAGUGUUUGCAGAGAGCAGCCAUGUGAUUUUUGAUAGGAGAGGAGCUGUGAGAAGGAAAAUGUGUCAGGAGAGCAUGUUGCUGUGGGCAGCUCUGAGAACAACUGAGCUGCCACCUGGACCUGUCAAUAAUCAGAACUUGGAGC